AUGGAAGCUCAGACAUCACGUCAAAGGGCAGCAAUUGAAGCUUUAAAGGAACAGAGCAACUACGAGGCAGCUGCGGCAAAACUAAAAAAAGGUCAGCGUUAAGGCAGAUAUGGAGGAUCCUUUCAAACGAACUAUGUUCUAAACUACAGUAGUGAACACUCAAUUGCCUCCACCCUUCACGACAACUCAAGGACUUCACCACACCACCAGGCAAAAGCUGUUCCAGCAACUUCCUACAUGCAAAAUUACCCCAGUGCAUCUCCCAACUGUCACGCUGAUUCUGCAUAUGUCACAGAACGGCACACCAAUCUGCAAGCAAGUCACCAACCUCCUGCUAACAGUACCGUUCCAGACUUUAACCCAACAACUCAGCUGA